AUGUCCCACGCAAAAGUUGUUCGAUCUACAACUGUGCCACCUGUGGUCAGUCACCCAACUUCGUUAACCCACACUCCAUUCAGUGGCACCCCAACCACCACUGGAGCAUUGCAUGCUUCUUCAAUUGGUACUGGGGUUCCCAGCUUGGGGAUCUCGCCCACAGCAACAACUUACCCUAGCGAUGGGCAACUCCACGACCCUCAGCCAGGCCCAUAUAUCCCAGCUGGGGGUGUUGGAACUGGGGGAGAAACGCCAGUUUACGAUGCGAAGAGCGACUUCGACUAUGAGCCGUUAGCCCUUGCUCUUUAUCAAGAAUAUACUGAACUUGAUCUGUUCCACGAUGGCUUGGCCCGCUUUUCGGUAGAGGAAUUCACAGCUGCUGGGCUCACGGCUGAGGAUCGUUUUUUAAUCGAGUUCAUGGCAGACCAGGAGGUUGGACAUGCAACGAUUGUUACUAACAUACUAGGAGCAGAGGCCCCUAGGAUGUGCACCUAUAACUAUCCGUAUACCACGGUGUAUGAGUUCGUGGACUUCUGUCAGAAGCUUACUCGCUUUGGGGAAUCUGGUGUUUAUAGUUUCCUACCUCAAUUCGCGUGA